AUGUUGUUCACCUCCGUCCUCGCCGGCCUAUUCGCCUCGGCCGCCUCGGCCGCCCAGCUCCAGCAGGUCCAGUACCCCAGCGCUCCUCAGUCGAGGGCCACCAUGUGGGUCUACGUCCCCGACAACGUCGUCGAGAACCCCCUCGUCGUCGCCGUCCACUCCUGCCAGUCCUCCGCCCAAGCCUACUUCCAAAACGCCAAGAUCCCCUGGCACCAGGGCUCCGACGGCAAGGGCUACAUCACCCUCUGGCCCAGCAGCUCCACCGAGUGCUGGGACGUGUCCAGCCGCCAGUCCCUCACCCGCGACGGCGGCGGCGACUCCACCGCCAUCGGCAACAUGGUCAAGCACGCCAUCGAGACGUACAAGGUUGACCCCGAGCGCGUUUUCCUCACCGGCGGCAGUUCCGGAGGCAUGAUGUCCAACGUCCUCGCCGCCACCUACCCCGACAUCUUCAAAGCCGUCUCCCUCUACUCCGGCGUCCCCGCCGGCUGCUUCGUCUCCUCCUCCGGCGCCGCCGCCCAGUGGAACAACACCUGCUCCGGCGGCCAAUCCCACGCCUCCGCCGAGCAGUGGGGCGACGUCGUCCGCGCCAUGUACCCGGACUACGACGGACCCCGCCCCCGCAUGCAAAUCUGGCACGGCAGCGUCGACUCCACCCUCAGCUCCAACAACUACGCCGAGACCAUCAAGCAGUGGACCAACGUCUUUGGCCUCCCCGAGGAGCCCGUCGAGGAGAUUCAAAACUUCCCCAGCCCAACUACGUGA